UUAAGAAGACAAGAGAGAAGUAGACAGAGAGAGAGAGAGAGAGUAAAGAACGAUGAGCUCGGUAGAAAAAGCGGUGGCCGUAGAGGAUGGAGAGUGGCGACAUCGACAGUUGGGGCCGAAACAAGGGAGUGUCUUCCCAAAAGAGAGGAAGUUAGUGAAGACAAUGAUUUUAGAGGCUCUGUUUCCAUCUCGAUCUCCUUCAAAGUUCAACCAGAUAGUAGAGCCGCAGAAUAGCAAGCGCGUGCAGCCCACGCUCCGGUAGCCUUCAGAUGAUUAUUGUUUUUUUUUUUUAAGUAAACUAAGAGAUUAUGGGCUUACGCCAAUCUAUAAUCCAGUUGGAUCGAAAGCUAGAACAAGUUAAAUUAGUCUUUUUUCCUGUAAUGAUGUCUCUCUCUUGGGAAGAAUUGACACUGAAGAUAAUUUGUGUUCUUUGUUUUCUUUAAUGAGAAUAGAUUUUGUGUUUUGUUGAUUUCACUAGUUUUUUUUUUUUUUUUGGUAUUCAUCGUGUAUUCGUGUUAAUAAAAGAU